AUGCUUUGCAGAUCGUCGGUUGUUCAUCGUUCAAUUCGUUCACUGAUGUCGCUUCAAGGAAAAGAUUCGCGAGUUCUCAAAAAAGGAGAUGCUGAGCCAACUCCUCCAGCUCCCGGAACUUUUCGAAUUUACAACAUGAGAUUCUGUCCAUGGGCUCAAAGAACGUUGAUCUAUGCGGCCGCCAAAAAGAUCCCAGCCGAAAUUGUAAAUAUUCAUCUUCAAGAAAAACCUGAAUGGUACUUCAAGAAGCAUUACAAAGGUCAGGUUCCAGCAUUGGAACACGACGGAAAGUAUAUCAUCGAAUCAGCAAUAAUUCCGGAAUAUUUGGACGAUUUGUUGCCGAAUACUCGAAUUCUUCCGACGGAUCCCUACGAAAAAGUGCAGCAGAAGUUGUUGAUUCAACGCCUCGGCGAUGUUCCUCAAAGUUUCUACGGUCUCGUCGCAGCGAUCAAGGAUCCGUCGGUGAAACAAGGAAAACUCGAGGCUAUCGAGAAAGCUGUGACUGAUGCCGAGAAUCUGUUGACUUCGGAAUACUAUUCAGGCUCAUCGCCUGGUUUUGUCGACUAUCUCUUCUAUCCAAAUCUCCAGCGAAUCUUUUGGAUAUCUCAUUUUGCCGAAACCCCUUUCGAUCCGAAAAACUUUCCCGGCACGAAAUUCCCGAAAUUGACGGCAUGGUAUGCGAAGGUGGAGAAGCUGCCGGAAGUCGUCGAAGGAAGUCAACCAACGGAACUUGGUGUCGAAUUCAUCAAAGGAUACGUCAAAGGGGAUGUCGACUAUGACUUUGGACUUCAUUAA